AUGCCUUCCACGACAGCUACUAUCGCCUUAGCUUUUGCUUUUGCGACGACUGUCCUAUGCGACUACCUCGGACCAACUUAUCCAGCUCCUACCGACCUGGCCACCAAUGGCAGCCAUGUCUCCGCCGCUUGGAGGAAUCUUAGUUCGACUCUCGACGGAUACAUUGCAGACCCAAGCGCGAAUUUGACAAGUCCUGCUGGUCUGAAGAACGUUACGUUUUCCGUGGGCAUGUUCUCGAUCAACGACCCUUCUGCUGCAGCGCUACAAUUUCAUCAUACCUCUGCCGAAAUCUCCAAUUCGACCUCUGGUCUGAGAAAGGUCGAUGGAGACAGCAUCUACCGUGUUGCCAGUAUCACGAAGCUUAUCACUACAUUGGCGGGCAUGCUUAACCUCAAAACUAGCGACUGGGACCGUCCUAUCACCGAGUUUGUUCCCACACUCGCAGCAUACGCUGCGGCGCAUCCAGCGGCAGACGAUCGUACGGGUACUGUCGACUGGAGCAAGGUGACACUUGCUGCGCUUGCCAGCCAGAUAGCGGGGACUCCACGCGACGUUUCACCGUACGAUCCGAGUGACUACCUACUUUUGGAUCCCACGGGUGCUCUUGCGGCAUCAUUCGGUUUGCCCCCUGUGGACCCGAGCGACCCAGUGGCGGUCCCUCCAUGUCUCAUCUCUCUACUGGAAGGAAACACGUCAUGUCCUAGCGACCAAUUUGCCAUCGGCGCGGAGGCUCGACCUCCUCUAUUCCUACCAUGGACAAGUCCAGCAUAUACGGACUACGGGUUCAUGCUGCUCGGUGCGGCAAUAGCAAACAUCACCAGCAGAUCUUUCCACGACGUUUACAGAGAAAGCAUCUUCGAGCCCCUGGGAAUGAGGUCAACAUAUUCCAAUAUCCCCGAUCCAAGUCAGUAUGGCCGUUACGUCAUUCCUGGCAACGUCUCAACGGCAGGGUUGACGCCGGAGGGCGCUCCUGAGGUGACCAUACCUUCUGGUGGCAUCUUGUCCACAACAAACGACCUUGCAAAAUUAGGCACUGCCAUUCUCAACUCGACACUCCUGAAUGCCGACCAAACCCGCCAAUGGAUGAAGCCGGUCUCGCACACAGCCAUGUUCGAAUACUCGGUGGGGAAGCCAUGGGAAAUCUACCGCUACACACACCCCAGGUCCGGGCUCGUCACCGACCUCUACACCAAGCUCGGCGACUCUGGCUACUACAGCGGCUACCUAGUGCUAAUUCCGGACUACGACGCUGGUUUCAGCAUCAUUAUGGCAAGCUCACUGCCCCAGCGGACUGCCCUGGUCUCUCUGCUUGCGGACAUUGUGACUGAGGCAGUCCUGCCCGGGCUGACCUCCCAGGCAGAGGCCGAAGCGAGCGAAAACUUCGUGGGCACGUAUACCUCACAGGACGACAACCUCAACAGCACGCUGACUCUAGCCAUCCUUCCGACGGGCAAACCAGGUUUGGUGAUGACUCAAUUCAUAAGUAACGGCACGGACGUCUUACAAAGCGGAGCCAUAGAUACUGGCCCCGUCAGGCUCCUGCAUUCGAUAACCGACCGACCGAAUGGACGGAUAGCAUUCAGGGCCACUCAUACGGCAACGCCUUCAGGAGGAUUGUUUUCACGAGGACUCAAUGCAAAUUAUGACUGGCUCGCUGGUGACUCACCGACAUAUGGUGGCAUUGGGUUGGGCCUUUUCGUGUUUGACGUUGACUCGAACGGCAAUGCCACUGCCGUCAGCCCUGAAGCUUGGAGAGUCAAGCUUGUCAAGUCUUGA